GUUGGUGUUGUUGUUGGUGUUCGUGUUCGUGUUCCUCAGACUGGAAUUGGGAGCGGAAUCCCAGCAUACCCAAUGUGGCCGAACAUCUUCCAGCGAUAAUAACCACUUGAAGCGCGGCCAAGCAUGCCGUCAGCGUCGGAUCGCAGGGCGCGAAAGCCAUCCCUCCACCACCGAACUUCAUCCUACCACUAUCACACUUUUCCCACCGCUCCGCCGAGGAAUGCGGGACGACGACCUUUGAGUAAGGACAUGAAACACCGCCGUCCUCCGCCGCCCUCGAGCGACCAGGACUCACACGACUCCGACUCGCAAAGUGAUGAUGAGACACCUUUGCCGACCGGCCAGCUCGCCAUCCUGGCCGUCAUUGCGCUCGCGGAACAGACCGCCCUGAACAGCAUAUCGCCAUACCUCCCCGACAUGGCCUCGACAUUUCCCGAGGUCGACGAGGCUGACAUUGGCCUGUAUGUCGGCCUGAUAGCUUCUUCGUUUGCGCUGGCACAGUUCGCGACAAACUUCUUGUGGGGCUGGCUGUCUGAUAGAGUGGGCAGAAAACCCAUUGUCUUGACCGGCACCCUGCUGACUGCAGUCUGCUUCAUCGCAUUUGGUUUCUCCCGGAGACUGUGGCAUGCUGUACUGAUUCAGUUGCUGAUGGGCUUGGUCAAUGGCAACCAAGGCGUUAUCAGCACGUGUCUGGGCGAGAUCACUGAUCGCUCCAACCAGAGUCGUGCCUUCACCUAUCUGCCUGUCAUUUACGGCCUGGGAGGCAUCACUGGGCCUCUGUUGGGGGGCUUGCUUGUCAUGCGAGAGCAUCCCUUCAAGCCAGGCCAGCCCAAUCCGUAUCCAUACUUGCUACCAAAUCUCUUCUCCGCUGGCGUACUAAUGAUAGACUUCGUCCUGACUGCUAUCUUCUUACAGGAGUCUCUGGACACGGCGGAAGAGCUUCCAAUCAAGAAAAAGAUAGGGAGUCUCUUCGCCUGGCUGUGGCAGUUCACAUCUGCAACGAGGCCGACAUAUCUCAAUCGACAGAGCGGAGCGUCUAAGAGUUCCUCCUACAGUCAAACGAACGGCACCGCCGCAGAAGACGACAGCGACAACGAACACGAUGACGAUGACGAUGACGAUGAAGAUGAUGAAACCACGGCACUGUUCCAUCAUGAUCAUGAAGAGCUAGACCGCAAAGACGUGCUCAACCGCGAUACCAUACUGCUGCUGGCCUCAUACUUGAUUUUCCAGCUUGGAAACGUGAGCUUCAACUCCCUCUACCCCAUCUUUUCAGAGGCAAAGGCACCUACUGGCCGCAAUCUCUCGCCAGAAGAGAUUGGAACAAGUUUGGCCUUUGCUGGCCUUGUCACGAUCCUGUUUCAAAUCGGCAUCUUCGGCAAGCUGCGGGAAAAGAUGGGCAACAAAAUCACCUACCGAGCAGGACUAGCAGGUUUCGUGCUCGCCUUUGUGCUGAUGCCGUGGGUCGGCUACAAAGACGGUCAAAAUGGCACGCAUGACCCGACUCAAAUGGGUAAAAUAUGGCUCUGGAUCGAGCUGGGCGUAGUUCUUCUCAUCAAGACAGUGGCCUCUGUGGGCGGCCUCACCAGCGCAUUACUGCUCAUCACGAACAGCGCGCGUUCCCAUGCCGUUCUGGGCGCACUGAAUGGUCUUGCCCAAACUCUCAGCGCUGGUGGGCGUGCAAUCGGGCCAUUCAUUAGUGGUGCUCUCUUUACUGCUGCCACUCACGUGCAGCCGAAAGGAGAGGCAAUGGCCUUCGGCAUCUUUGGAGGUAUUUCGUUCAUCGGAUUCCUCAUGAGCUGGGGCAUUCGCAGCGCGAAAUUAGAGGCAGAGGGUUGGGACGAGAGCACGAGUGACGAAGAAGAUGAUGUUGAAAGUGAUGCCGAAUCUUCGCCUGAAAGACGGCGAUAGUACAUGUAUGGAUGCAUUGAUUUGAAACACUAUUAGCGAGGAGUUGGCAAGGUGUGUGUAUAGAGCAUGAGGAAUCGACAGACUUGUCCACUAGGUAGGUAUUGAUAGACAUGUGAAAAAAACGA